AUGGCCAGGCCACAGGCCUUGCUCAGCAGCUGGAUGGUGCUGCGAGAAAGCAACACUAAGAGGGACCUGUGGAAGCUGAAGGUGGAGCAGGUGUCAGAAGAGACAGAUGCCCUGCGUACAGCCCUGGAGAAGCACACACACAAGGAGCGAAGGCGGCGUGUUGAGGAAGCAGAGAGGGCGGACCUACUUUCCCGAUCAGAUGCAAAUGGCCCUGGUGGAUGGAGAUCAACCUUUGAUGAUGAUGCACAAGCAAUGGGUUACGUCCAGAACAGCAAGCGCGCUCUUGAGGAAGCCUUUCAGACUGGCACAGCCAUCCUCACCAACAUGGCUGGACAGCGAGAGCGCUUGAAGUCAGCGCAGCGUAAGAUGUUGGACCUGCUGAAUAGUGUGGGGCUGUCAGAUUCCUUGUUGCGGGUGAUCGAGAGGAGGCAACGCAUGGACAAAUGGAUUACAUAUGGGGGCAUGUUCCUGGUCAGCUGUCUGCUGAUCGGCUUCUGGUGGUGGAUUAGAUCAUAG